CAGAUGCACAAACAAAAACGCGCACCUCUCUUUGCUGCCCUGUGGUGGACGAAGCUUAAUGCUAACCAGCAAAAUGGAUUCUGUGGCCCUUCUGUGGAUUCUGUGUAAUUAAGCGGGUGAAUAGUGCUGGUACCAUGAAGGUAGCUACAUGUCCUUCAGUUUUGAAGAAGAAUCAACGUCUGCAUUGCCUUGUGUACUUAAAUGAAAAUAGAAGAUGAUGUUGGAUUAAUCUUUAUACCUCAGAAUGUUUAAGGCCCCAUUUGAAGAUGAGAAACCUGCCUUCCAUACAAACCAGAAGCCUCCUGGUUCCUCAGAACCAUUUGUUCUGUCAGGAACCAUUCAAGUACCAUACACCAUUAACAGAUACCUCCGAGACUACCAGCGAGAGGGGGUUAAAUUUAUCUAUGACAGCUACUUGAAAUCCAGAGGUUGCAUCCUGGGUGAUGACAUGGGUCUAGGAAAGACCAUUCAGGUUAUUAGCUGCUUGGCUGCCAUUUUGCAGAAAACAGGGACAUGGCAGGAUGUUGAAAAUAACAGGCCAGAGUUUUUGCAGUCACAGGUGCCAUCAAAACCCACCAAAGUUAAGAAGGUUUUCCUGAUUGUGGCUCCUCUGUCUGUGCUCUACAACUGGAAAGAUGAGUUGGACACAUGGGGCCAUUUCAAAGCAGUGGUUGUCCAUGGUGUGAGGAAGGAGGAGGAAUUGGCCCGUGUGAACAGAGGAAGAUGUGAGAUUGUCCUGACAACAUUUGAGACACUAAGACUCUGUCUUGAUGAAUUCAACAGGCAUGAGUGGGCCGCUGUCAUUGUAGAUGAAGUUCACAAGCUAAAGAAUUUCAAAUCUCAAAUCACUCACGCAAUGAAAGCCCUGAAAUGCAAAGUGCGUGUGGGACUGACUGGUACAAUCUUGCAAAACAACCUGGAGGAACUCUGGUGUGUCAUGGAUUGGGCCAACCCCGGAUGCCUCGGGUCACUAAGUAGUUUUAAGACCAGGUUCUCAGAACCUAUUGAACAGGGCCAGAAACACAGUACAACCAAGAGAGUGCUCGCUGAGGGCCGCAAGGCUGUCCAGGCUCUGGCUAAACUUCUGUGUCGCUGGUUCCUCAGGAGAACCAAAGCACUCAUUAGUGACCAGUUACCAAAGAAAGAUGACCGGGUGGUGUACUGUUCCAUGACGGAUUUCCAGCAGGCAGUAUACCGGGCUGUACUGGACACAGAUGAUGUAAAGUUGCUGUUACGGAGCUCAGAGAAGUGUCCGUGCAGCAGUGGACGCUCCAAGAGAAAGUGUUGCUACAAACUCAAUUCAUACGGUCUCCCAGUCAGACACAUGUACUUCACUUAUCUGGCUAUACUGAGGAAGGUCGCCAAUCAUGUAGCCUUGCUGCAGUCUAAAGAAGGAACCAGUGAAAAACAGGAGCAAUGUGUGACUGCUAUCUGCGAGCAAGUCUUCAAGAAGUUUCCAGACUUCACGAAAAGAUGCAAGCAGGCUGCAUUUGAGGCCAUGUCAGACCCCAUCUACAGUGGAAAAAUGAAGGUGCUGCAAAAGCUGCUUAAUCACUUUAUCACAAGGAAAGACAAAGUACUGCUUUUUUCACUUUCCACAAAGCUCCUGGAUGUUUUGGAGAGCUACUGCAUGGCUGAGGGUCUGGAGUACCGCAGGCUGGAUGGAAACACCAAGGCUAAAGAUCGUAUCCACAUUGUCAAGGAAUUCAACAGCACCAAUGAUAUUAACGUUUGCCUUGUGUCUACCAUGGCUGGUGGAGUUGGACUCAAUUUUGUUGGGGCUAAUGUUGUUGUCCUUUUUGAUCCAACGUGGAAUCCAGCAAAUGACCUUCAGGCUAUAGACAGGGCAUAUCGCAUUGGGCAGUGUAAGGAUGUGAAAGUUUUUAGGCUCAUCUCUCUGGGCACAGUAGAGGAGAUCAUCUAUCUGCGUCAGAUUUACAAACAGCAGUUGCAAUCCUCAGUGAUUGGAAAUGAAAAUGCAAGACGCUACUUUGAGGCAAUGCAUGGAGAAAAUGGCCGAACAGGAGAGAUAUUUGGAAUCAGAAACCUUUUCCGCCUCCAGACCGAUGGAACUUGUCUUACACGCCGCAUCCUGGAGAGGGAGGGCCAAGUUGAGCUCGGGAUCAUGACAGCCAACACACAGGCAACGGAUGAGAGGGUGCAAGAUCUGCAGGGUCCAGCGUGUUUAUCAGCAGUCACCGCUGCACAACAGGAAAACGGACCAGCAGCAGCAGGUGGUACCAGUGCCAAGUUCUUUAAUGCUGAAGUUCUGGAUUUUAGCAGUGAUAGUGAGGGUGAGGAUCCCUGCGGUUCCAGAUCAAAAGCUACAUACCCAAAUGCAGGAGGGGAGUUUGGACCCAGCACCAGCUCUGCUGCAAAUAUGAAUCUAUCUGCUCUGCUGAUGAAACAUCUGACUAGUAAGAUGCAAAGGAGCUCAGAGAGCAGUGAAGACAGCCAGUCUGAUACACACUCAAAGAGGUUGAACCUAGAGGAGGCCAAGGUAGCUAAAGGGAAAACAGAAUGGUUCUUGUCUAGUGACUCAGAGGAAGAGAGGGAAGAAGCAAAAAAGGCCUGGGACCAUGUCUGCAUGGAGGAGUCCGAAGAUGUAGAAAUCGUUCAUCACUGCCCGACUAAAGCACAACAGAGAGAUACAGGCAGUACUGGUAUGCAGCAGAAGCUGGAUAGAGCCACACUGGCAGUAAAGAGACAGAGAGUUACUGCAGAGAUUGAGAGUUUUGCCUCAUCAGAAGAUGAAGCUCCAGUGAGAAGGGUGAAGUUUAAGAAAAAUCCUCGACGCCUCUUAAGUACACAGAAUUCAGCUCAAAAAUCAGUUCAAUUCACCGGUUUAAAAUGCCCAACCAUGCAUUCCAGAAAGCCACAAAUCAUAGAGGGUACCAGCACCGGCACUAUAGACUCAUUGCUGGUUGGGCUUCAGGAAGUGAGCUACACCCACUCCAAUCAGAAAGUGGUCGGCUCGAGCAGGGCAGAGAACCUCCUCAGCCGUGCUGCAUUACGGGAUGUGUUUGAACUGAACAAGCACUCCCAGCUCCCAGCAAACCAUUUCGAUGACACAUCUGAGACCCAAUCUGGAAUCCCCCAGUUAUCUGAGCCCACAAAUGGUGGAGAGGAAGUCGAUAUGCCAGAAGGUCGCGACAAAACUUGUCUGAAACAACAGGUCACCCACAGCGUAGAAACAUCCAUCAAUACCAAAACUGCAACCAUUAGUGUUGGCAAGACGCCUGCCGCUGUCUGCAAGCAGCAGCUGCAAGAAAUGGCAAAGUUUUUCAGAGCAAAGUCUGUGCAAGAGUUUGCAGAAGAGAUUGUGAAGAACAACUCAGCACAGCGACUGAACAAGCUAUGUGAGUUCUAUAGCCACAGCAGCCCUGAGCUUGCUGACGUUAUCCAAAAAACCUUUCCUAAACCUGUAACUGAGCUGAAGCCAAGAAUUUCACCACUCCACCUCUCUACACAAAGGCCCACCUCAAAAAGAACCCUUUUAAAUACAGUUCAGAGAUCGAAUAAUGAAGCAAAACCAGGAACCUCUCAAAAGAAGAGAAGACCCACAGCACAAAAUGCCAUAGAUGUCCAUCGUCACUGUGUUGGUCAGACUGAGCUUAAAAAUAACUGUUUGUCUCUGCCAGACUCAGGAAAACGUCCAGUUGAGACGUCUUCUAGAACUUCCACAGACAUUCAUCCUCAUUCCAAAAAAAACACUAAUCCAUGCAAUUCUUCCACAACUACUUCCACUACUGAACUGCAGUCUUUCUCUAGAGAUGACCAAGCAGACAAAAACUCCCACACAACCCUUAUUAGUGACCUCAUAGGUGACACCUCCAUCCUAGAUGACCUCUUCAAGCAAAAGAGAAACGCUGACCGGCCAAAGCCAGCAGCGGCACCCAUUCCCUCACCCACUGAGAGGACGAAGAACAGGGGUAAAGACUUCUGGGACAUUUUAAACGAGGGGAACGAGGAAAGCAUCAAUAAGCUAACAGAUCUAUCUCAGGUGGAGAAGCUUUGCAGGGGUAUUAAUUUGCGUACAAAGUCCAAAAGGGAAAGCCAACUCGAGAGCUCUCAACUUUGGAAGAAGAAUGAGAAAUUCCUUUGGAAAAGAUAAAAGAAGCUAGAAGCUUCUUUUGUGAAAUGUGAAAUUACAAACAAUGGUUUACAAAAUGUUCAUAUUUCUAUACGGUAUGUUUUAUUUGCUUUUAUUUAAUUAUUGUAGAACUGUUACUAGUUCAUACCAGUUUUAAUUAUAGUCUUUACAUUUUA